AUGAAAAAGGAAAAUUCGAAGCAAAUGGCGAACGAAUUGAUAGCGGAAAAGUCCUUCAUUGACAUCAAUUCGAGAACGAGUAUGAUGCCCUCCUGGAUAGAAAAUCAAGAAUCUCGUAGAAAAAAAACUUCUCGUUUAUGCUUAUUUGAAAAAGACAACAACGAAAUAGCAUGGAAUAUGCACAUAGCCCGAAAGAUCUCAUCAGACGCUUUUUGCAUGAACCUGAUUCAGUAUUCCAAUGAAAAAUGA